CGGCGAGCUUCCGCCAAUACUUGUUCCCGUUUCUUGGUUCUGAGCGUCUCGGGAGCCGGGGAAGGAAGGGUUGCUUGCCGAGAUUGGAGCAAACACCCAGGGGAGAGGGUGGGACUUCCGGGUCUUGCCGGAAGUGACGCGACAGUCGCGGCCGCAGCCAGGUGGAACGGCAGGUGGGUUCAGGUGCCAGCCUGGACAGUACCCGGCUGUGGGCCCAACGCUUCCGGUGAGCGACAGAGGCAGCUUCUAGGGGUCUGGAGACCCGUGGGGCGGGCUCUGGUAUCUGAGCCCAUCGCCCUGGCCGGGAGUCCCCCCGUGUACCUAUUCCCCAUUCCCCUACCGAACUGGGCAGUUAGCCAGCCCACCCCAACUCUCGGAACCAUGUUUGCAGACUUGGAUUAUGACAUCGAGGAGGAUAAACUCGGAAUCCCUACUGUGCCUGGGAAGGUCACCCUGCAGAAGGAUGCUCAGAAUCUGAUCGGGAUCAGCAUUGGAGGAGGAGCCCAGUACUGUCCCUGCCUCUAUAUUGUCCAGGUAUUUGACAACACCCCCGCAGCUUUGGACGGCACAGUGGCAGCUGGCGAUGAGAUCACUGGUGUCAAUGGCAGGUCAAUCAAGGGAAAAACAAAAGUGGAAGUGGCAAAGAUGAUUCAGGAGGUGAAGGGCGAGGUGACCAUCCACUACAACAAGCUACAGGCGGACCCCAAGCAGGGCAUGUCCCUGGAUAUUGUGCUGAAGAAGGUCAAGCACCGGCUGGUGGAGAACAUGAGCUCGGGGACUGCAGAUGCCCUGGGUCUGAGCCGGGCCAUCCUGUGCAAUGAUGGGCUUGUCAAGCGGCUGGAGGAGCUGGAGCGGACUGCUGAGCUAUACAAAGGGAUGACGGAACACACCAAGAACCUCCUGCGGGCCUUCUAUGAACUGUCACAGACGCACCGGGCCUUUGGGGACGUGUUCUCUGUGAUUGGGGUGCGGGAGCCCCAGCCGGCUGCCAGUGAGGCCUUCGUGAAGUUUGCUGACGCCCACCGCAGUAUUGAGAAGUUUGGCAUCCGGCUUCUGAAAACCAUCAAACCGAUGCUGACAGACCUGAACACAUACCUCAACAAAGCCAUCCCAGACACCCGCCUCACCAUCAAGAAGUACCUGGACGUGAAGUUUGAGUACUUGUCAUACUGUCUGAAGGUGAAGGAAAUGGACGAUGAGGAGUAUAGCUGCAUUGCCCUAGGGGAGCACCUGUACCGAGUGAGCACCGGCAACUAUGAGUACCGCCUGAUUCUGCGCUGCCGCCAGGAGGCCCGCGCUCGUUUCUCCCAGAUGCGCAAGGACGUGCUGGAGAAGAUGGAGCUGCUGGACCAGAAGCAUGUCCAGGACAUCGUGUUCCAGCUGCAGCGCUUCGUGUCCACCAUGUCCAAGUACUACAACGACUGCUAUGCAGUGCUGCGGGACGCCGACGUCUUUCCCAUUGAAGUGGACCUGGCACACACCACGCUGGCCUAUGGCCUCAACCAGGACGAGUUCAUGGAUGGGGAGGAGGAGGAGGAUGAGGAUGAGGACACAACAGCCGGGGAGCCGUCCGGGGAUACACGAGGGGCUGCUGGGCCCUUGGACAAGGGUGGAAGCUGGUGCGACUCCUGAGUGCCCCUGCAGGGUGCAGCGUGGGGGGUAGGGUGAGUGGGAAGACAGCAUGGGAGCAGGGCGGGGCCGCCGCACAGGUGGCACAUAAAGGCCUGUGGCUUGGGGCCCUGCCUCCCUGCUCCUCUGUCCUUGCACAGUGAACCUGGGCUCCUGCCCAGGAAAGGUACCUGGGCCACAGCCUGGGACCUGGACACUGGCUCCCUCUGCCAUCCCUGGCCCCCGCCUGCUCCCCAGCCAGAGGGAGAGCUUGGUUGCUGGACCUGCCUUAGGAAGGAGGACGAGGGCAGAACGGUGGAGGGGUGGAGGGGGCAGCAAGCCCAGGACCCUGUUCUUCAUGGGCACUUGCGUUGCCCCCCCCGGAGCCUGCCGGGAGGGGGCCGGGUGGAUGGCUGAGGUCGGGGUUGGUGUCCCACGUGCACUUUGGCCUGCCCCAGACCGGCCCGUCCAGUCCACACUCACACCUUGGCGGCCUUUAUUUAUUUUGUUCCCCUAGUCCAGCCGCUUCUCUGGUAAGGGCUGGGCGCUGGGCCUGUAUUGAAUAAACACAAACCCGAUGGAGCAGUCUUGGCGGCA